AUGUCAGGUGCAAGGCAUUGGGAGCAGGACAAAGAGGCCACUGUCUAUAUUGGCAACCUCGACGAACGAGUAACCGACAGUCUAGUAUGGGAACUUAUGCUUCAAGCUGGCCGCAUUGUCAACGUCCAUCUGCCCAAAGAUCGAGUAACGCAGACACACCAGGGUUACGGAUUCGUCGAAUUUAUUAGUGAAGAGGAUGCCGAGUACGCCGCUAGGAUUAUGAACCAAGUCCGUCUCUACGGAAAGCCGAUUCGCGUCAACAAGGCUUCCGCGGAUAAACAGAAGACGGUCGAAAUUGGUGCUGAGCUUUUCGUUGGAAACCUUGAUCCAAUGGUCACGGAGCAGGUGCUUUACGAUACUUUUAGCAGAUUCGGAACUUUACUUUCGUUGCCAAAGAUCGCCAGAGACGAUGCCAAUUUAUCCAAAGGCUAUGGUUUCGUGUCAUUCGCCGACUUUGACGCUUCCGACGCUGCGAUAGCCAAUAUGCACGGACAAUAUCUAAUGAACAAGGAAGUAUCGGUUCAAUACGCCUAUAAGAAGGAUGGCAAAGGUGAAAGACACGGCGACGAAGCCGAGAGAAUGCUUGCUGCUCAGGCUCGCAGACACAACGUUCAGCCACAGACUCAACCACUACCUCCGCAGAUGAUGGGACAGGCACCACCUGGAAUGAUGUCCGGCGCAAUGACACCAGAUGCAGGACGAUCUAUGCCUCCUGGUGGACCACCUGACUUUGCCGCAGACCUGGUCCCCCAGCACAGCCAUUAUCUGCACCUCAUCCGGGUCUUCCAGCGCGCCCACCUCCAUCUCAAGCAGGAUUCGGUGGUCCUCCUCCGCCACAAGGCUUCGCUCCACCUGGCUUCGGCAACGCUCCUCAACAGCCUGGCUUCCCGCCGCAACCUCCCGUCGGAUUUGCUCCCCCGGCUGGGUUUGGAGGUCCAAUGCCCGGUUCGCAAGGAACUCCGCCAUCGUUUCCGCCAGGUUUUCAGCCACCGGGAUAUGCUCGAGCUCGUUGAAUACGGAUUAUAA